UCCCACGCCCACUCCCGUAAUCCCAGUAGCCGACAACGGACACCUGCCGAAUGACGACAGUACGUUUGCUGAGCAUAGCCUUAGAGGGCUGAAACGUGUCUAUGGGUAGCGAGUCGCGACCCUACGAUGUAUAGUCGCCAUGCAUUAUGGCGAAACCCCAUGAAAUUGGUCCAGUGCAUUUGCUAUACUCGCCUCAGCUAUGUGCCCCAGAUCCCGACGAAUCUGCCUGAGGAAGAAUAGAACAAGAAGAGCCAUGGUGAAUUGCACUUCCCCCUCCACUCCACUGUUUUAUGCCUUGCCUGGUCUCGCCUCAUCUCGCCUCGCGGCAGUAACCGUAACCGCCAUGACAGGUUCAUCCAACGCCCCGGUCAAUGCCCUGCCCUUCAACUUGCAGCAACCACUCGCAGUUCUAUGGCAUACACGCCAGUGUGAAAACACACACAUCUCACCUCACCUCGCCCGUCAUCAUGCCCCCAAAUAUCCCGCUCUGCUUCGGUCCUAAUUGCUCGUUUGCCAACAGCGCCAACAGGACGCAUAAUCGCGAAAAGGAUCGCUGCAUGCAUACUUGCACAUAACACAUACAUAUUGGAUUCUUAGUCUCUAAUUUUUCUGCAGUCAUCGAUAUGGGGGUGAUCUUGACGCAAUCCUACUUUGUACGAGGCGGGUCCCCCGAAAAGCCCGCACACCUAUAUACGUCAGUCUUGAGAAGAGAACCUGAUUGGAAGAUCCCUUGACUCUGAGUGUCGCCCAAGGUGAUCCUUUCGGAGAUAGCAUUGUGUGAACAAUGAAUAGCGGCGUUCCACAGAGUCGUGUACUGUAGGUCGGGUUGUU